CUCUUCACAAUAACUCACAAAGCUUCCUCAAAAUCAGCAACAGAGUCACCUGGCGGAUCUGAAGCCGCCCGAGUUCAGGGAAGGUCCCGCUUCUGAGAUGGCCCAGGCGAAUAUCUCAGUGACGGAGAACCAGUUCAGGUGUCCGGUCUGCCUGGAGAUCCUGAAGGACCCGGUGUCCACCCCCUGCGGACACACCUACUGCAUGUCGUGCAUCAACAACUACUGGGACCAGGCGAAUUCGGGACAGUUCAGAUGCCCCCAGUGCCGGGAGACGUUUAGCCCUCGGCCGGUGCUGCGGAGGAACACGGUGCUCGCCGAGGUCGUCGACAAACUCAAGCUGAGCGAAAUGAUCACGGCGCCGGAGCUGUACAUGGGGGGAGUCGGGGAAGUACCGUGCGACUUCUGCCCGGUGGAGAGCAAGCUUAGGGCGGGUAAGUCGUGCCUAGUUUGCCUGGCGUCCUUCUGCGAGCUCCACGUCCUGCCGCACCGGGAGGUUGGCACGCUGCGGCGGCACAAGCUAGUGGCCGCGGUGGAGUGUCUGGCGGAGCGGCUGUGCGCCCAGCACCGCCUGGGUCUGGAGCCCGCGGGGGGAGACUCAGACGCUGAGGCCGCGGUGGAGUGGAUCGGGGACUGCCCGCUGUGCGAGGCGGACCAGGAGGAAGUGCAUAACGUGGACGCGCAGAGAGCCAGGCGACAGCUUCAGCUCCAGGAGUCUCAGAGGAUGGUUCAGGGGAGGACACGGAGUGGAGAGAGAGAGUUGGAGGAGUUUCAACAAAACUUGGAGUCCCUCAAGGUGUCAGUGUCAACUGUUUUGGAGGACAGUGAAGCUCUGUUUGCAGACAUGGCACUCCGCCUGGAGAAAACCAAGGCAGAGGUUCGAGCGAGGCUGGAGGCGAAGGAGCGAGCUGUGGUUGGGAGAGCCGAACGAGACAUGGAGAUGCUGGAGAAAGACCUGGAGGAGCUGAGGAGGAGAGACAAAGAGAUCAGCCAGCUUCUGCAAUCUGAUGACAAUGCCCAUUUCAUACAGGCAGCUCCCUUGCUGUGCGUCCCUCUCACCACCGCUCGGCACUCCAGAUCCGUCAGCCUUCCCACAGAGGCUUUCAGUGGCGCCAGGAGAGUACUGUGCCACCUCCGCAGCCGCAUGGAGGAAGUCUGCAGGGAGGAGGUGGACAAGAUCAGCCGCACAGUCAAUGAGAACUACGUGUCUGGUGGAGAGUGUGUAAAAGGUGGCAGAAAUCUCUGUGUGGAGAACUCCAAACCGCAGCAUAUACAACCUACACUAUCAGCACGGCAACAUACCACUGAGGCAGUGCCGAUGUCGUUCCCUCUGUCCUCUUUGUCUCUGCAACCGGCAGAUCAGAGGAUGAGGGCAGUUUUCCUCAGGUUUUUAUGUCGUCUGUCCUUGGACCGUGACACCGCCCACCCUACUCUGGUUCUCCUGGAGGGGCCCCAGGGUGCCCACUGUGGCGAGGAGCCCCAAUCCUACCCGCCUCACCCCCAGCGCUUUGAUUCAGUGGCCCAGGUCCUGUGCAGGGAGGGCCAGUUUGGCGGUGCCAACUACUGGGAGGUAGAGUGGAGGGGCGGGGGAUGGGUCGAUAUUGGCGUCACCUACCGAAGCAUCGGACGCAAAGGUGGAGGAAAACCCUGCCUGCUGGGGCGCAACGAGAACUCUUGGCGGCUGAGGUGUACACACGCUGGAUAUGCAGCCUGGCAUGACAACCGCAAGACCACAGUGGCUGCACCACCCUGCCCCAGAAUCGGCGUGUUCCUGGAACGGCAGAAAGGAGCGUUGUCCUUCUACAGCGUGUCGGACACGGUGGUGCUCCUGCACACCUUUCGUUGCCCGUUCUCACAGCCGCUGUACCCGGCCUUCCGCCUGGACCUGGACUCCACCCUGCUCAUCUGCCCCCAUGAGGGAGGCAAUGGAAACCCAACCUAACUUUGCCCCCAUUCUCAUCCAGGACCCUUUAUUUAAAUACUACAGGAAAGGGCUGUUCACUCUGCUUAUGAAUAUGAACCAUAAGAAAUAUUACUGAAGAGCAGCUGGUGCAGAAGGAACAACAUCAGGAAUCAAGCACUUUUCUUUUUACAUGUUCUUACAUGUCUUUUUGCAUAUUCUCUCCAUCUGUGAGAGUCUUUCACAGACAGAUAUUUCUUUAUAAUUUUAUAGAACAUCCUCUUUGAUUGUAAACCCCUAUUUUUGGCUUGCUGCGUAACACACACUGUAGUUGAAAUUUACAUAACGUGCAUUUUUCACAGCACACAUUAUGACUUGUCAUAGUAGGAAAAGCAAAAAAGGUGUUACUAAUAACACUGACAAAUGCUCUGCUCUGUUCUAGUGUUACAGUAAGCCAUGCCAGUAUGAUAGUGAGCCAGCAGACAAAAUAGCAGGAUGCUGAAACGGAAACAGCUAAAUGGAAUUUUAAGCUUUUCCUUCUGUUACAUGUCAAAGUAUUAAUCCUGAAAGGUUUGUAAAUCAAGUCACUUUAGCCUUUGCAAUCUGUACAACAAACAACACCCUCUGUCCUUAGACCCUUGAUCUGAAUGAGGAAAAGCUUCCCAAAAAACAGAAAAAGAAACUCAGGAAGAGCAACAGAGGAGGGAACCCUCUCCCAGGACGGACAGGCACGCAAUAGAUGUUGCUAUACAGAAUACAUUCACAACAGAGUCAUAGUAUAUACGAUUAUGAUGACAAAAUGUUUACUGUAUAACAUAAGUGAAGAGAAUGGAUCCAGGAGGACAACUGAGCAGCCUCAGAUGUUGUCCACUAACUGGGAUCUGAAUCACACCACCUCCUCUCCACCAUAGAGACCUGGAAAGAGGACAGGCUACACAAACACAGAAGAGGAGAACACUAUUCACACAGAGAGGAGAAACAAACAAACACACAGAUGGAUCCCAGCACAGAGAAGCCCGAGUGCAAGAGGGGGGAAGGAGGAGAGGCUAGGGAGAUAGAAGGGAGGGGAGCGAGCGAGAGGCAGGCAUGAACAGCUUGGUAGCUUUUAGGACAGAAAUGCAGUCGAUAAAAAAAACUGCAGUAUGUAUGUUAGUUGAAUUCUCGUCAGCAGCAUAAACAUGGACUGUAAGCACUAAUGUUAAUAGAUUCAUUGAGACUGAGACCGACCCGCUGGAAGGAAAGUGGCUGGUACGAGGCCUGAAGUAUAAUAUGAUAAGUACUAAUUGAGAGUUAAAGCAAAAAGAUGAAUUGAAAUACAUCUUAUGGUUUGAAAUCUGAAAAAUAGGUGUUUUUAUUCAAUUUGCUGAUCAUUGUGGGACAAUGUUUUUUAUAAUGAAUCAAAUACAAAGAUACUAAAAUUAUUCACCCUGUUUGUGUUUAACAUUGUUUUAUUUGUACUAAAAAGUAGUUCUAAGUACAUUUUUGUGAAUUUGUACAUUUGACAAGUAUCAGGGCGUGGAUUUUUUUUUUUUUAGCUCCCUACAAUGACAGGCUGAAUAUCUAGUACCUGUGACUACUUGAAUUCCUACAGCAAGAUAUUUUUCUGUAUCAACUUCACUGCCAUGUGACAUGAGCAACCUCACACAGUUUUCAUAAUGACAAUGUGUGACCUCAGCUUCAGCUUUAGACAAAUUAAAGGCCAUAUUGUAGCACAUGUUUUUCUUUGGGUCACUAGGCCAUUUUUGGAGAAAAUCUCUUUAAAGUAGAAUACCAUAGGUUAAAGAAUUAGUUAUGCUUAUUUACUUUCUUGGAGAUAGUUAAAUUAUGAGCUUUAUACCACUCUCCUGUCUUUACUAUUUCUUUAAGGCUACAUUCAGGUCUUCAUUCUCAAUUUCAAAUCUCAUUUCUGUUUUUUGAGUACUAUCAAGUCUUUGUCAGUAUAUAAGUAAUAUUCAGUGGAUGAUUACAUGUUAUAAGGCACCUCAUACACACCAUCAUUGCCGUGGUUGUCUCCACUUUGCUAAUGCUGUGUCAGGCAAGCCACACAAUCCUAUUAUUAUCUCAUAUCCAAUCAUAUCUAAUCAAGUCAUAUCUUAUUAUUACCUCAUAUCCAUUCAGUCAAGAUUGGAUUUGAAAAAAUGUGACUUGCUGUAACUUUAAACUGUUCACAUGGAUAAGAGAAUGUCAGAUGGGCGUGUAAAUAAGAAACAUCAGAACAAGAUCUUGAACUACUUCCUGAACAGUUUCCUUGUAGCAUUGCAAAGGACAAGGAUUCACUUGCAACGUGAUUUUCAAGUGUGCGAGUGACCUCACCUUCCAUCUGAAUGGAUGCCAUACUGUAGCCACAGUUUUUCUUGGAUUAUGGGGUUGCUUUUCUGUGCCUCAUUGAAGUUUUGUUUUUGAAUGGUGCUAUUUCAGAGCAUUAUGAUCAUUUGACCGAGCACUGUGUGAGGGCUUUCAACCAAAUUAUUUGUGAAAUGGAAAUGUCAUACAAAGAUCAGCUACUUUAAUUCCAAAGACACAACAUCACACAGGUACAAAGAAUCAUUUUUCGAGGGCAAGUUGUAAACAGAACACGUAUUACUACUAACAGAAAACCUGAAAAAUACAUCUGCUCUGCACAAUACACUGAUGGUUUCAACUCAAAGCAACUCUGUUAAAUUAUAAUUCAGAAUUUGCCAACCGUAUCUCAUCUGGCAGGUCAGUCCAAAGUAAGACUUUAUUUUUUUUUGCCAUGAAGUGCAUUAUUCCACAAGCUGUAGGACUGUAACAUGAACUCAACUGCCCAUGCUGGUUUGUAAAAUGUUUCUUGUAGCAUCUUGAACUUGUGUACUCGCUGUGCUUCAGUUAUUGUUCCUUAAUGUGACUGUAAAAUGUGUUGUAAUUGUCUGAGUGUUGCUUUUUCCAAGAUGAGUUUAUUCCACCUUGGCUCGCAAUAAACUGAUCCACGUAGGUCUGAA